AGUUGUGCUGAGCAGCUCUCCUGUACAAAUACACUUGCGCGCAGGCACGGAUGCUAAAGACAUUCACACACACACACACAAGCACGCAAUCGCACACACUCUGUCGGUGUGGCUGGACUGGCGCCAUCGCGGAGGAGCAUCCAGGCCAAGAGAGAGACAGAUAGAGAGAAAAAAGGGAGACAGCCGGAAUAAGGAAAGGAGCGAAUAGGAGAAGAGACAGUCUGAGGAGAGCGUGAGAGGCAGGAGAAGGGGAAAAAAAAAACAAAAAUUAUUACGCACAACACAAGAGAUUCGUAUUGCAGAAUGGGAAAUGCACCAUCCCAAGGCAUGUCAACUCUAUCUCCAUGCAUACGCUCCGAGAGCGGCGGAGGUCACAUGAUCUCGACGGACGACGCCGAGUACCCGCGGGAAUACCGCACCCUGGGCGCCGGCGGCUCGCGCCGCUUCUCCAACGUGGGCCUGGUGCACACGUCCGAACGGCGCCACACGGUUGUCGCCGCCGCCAGUGGGCAGAGUGUGGAGCCCAAGGCGGACGCCGAGCGGAAGAGGGACGCUGUCAUGGAGCACCUGAAGAACAAGUACCCUGGGCAGCAGGGGGGCACUCACACCCCCUCCUACGGCAGCCUGCGGGUGCCCAUGGAGCGGCCGCGGGAACAGCAACAGCCCAACUACUGGAGCUUUAAGAGCCGGAGCCCACGACACUCUCAUUCCACUCAGUCUGGCCUGGCUGACCAGGCCGCCAAAUUGUCCUACGCCUCGGCCGAAUCCCUGGAGACCAUGUCGGAGGCCGAGAUCCCAUUGGGCUUCAACCGCAUGAACCGAUUACGGCAGAGUCUGCCGCUAUCACGCUCUGCUAGCCAGACUAAACUGCGGUCACCAGGUGUGCUCUUCCUGCAAUUCGGGGAUGAGACACGGCGGGUGCACAUCACCCACGAGCUGAGCAGCCUGGACACUCUGCACGCGCUCAUUGCCCACAUGUUUCCCCAGAAGCUCACCAUGGGUAUGCUCAAAUCCUCCAACACGGCCAUCCUCAUCAAGGACGAGGCACGCAACAUCUUCUACGAGCUGGAGGACGUGCGAGACAUCCAGGAUCGUAGCAUCAUCAAGAUCUACCGCAAGGAGCCCAUCUACGCUGCAUACCCUACCGCCCACUUAGCCAAUGGGGACCUGAGGAGGGAGAUGGCGUUCGCCUCCCGGGAGUCGUCGCCAACCCGCCGUCUUAACAAUGCCCCCCCUUCAUCCUCACCCCCCUCGGGCUCACCCUCCCGCUCCCGCCUCUCCUAUAGUGUCGGCCGCCCCCCCUCCUUUGCCGGGCCCGGUCACGUACCCCCGCAUCCCCACCACCCGCUGGUGGCGCACCCCCAGGCCGGCCUCUCACCCUCCCCAAGUGCCAUCCUGGAACGGCGUGAUGUCAAGCCAGACGAGGAGGUAUCCACCAAGAACAUAGUGCUGCUGAAGAACGAGGGCCUGUACGCCGAGCCCUAUGGCCUGGUGCACGAGGGCCGCCUCAGCAUCGCCUCUGCCCAGUCACUGGCCGUUGGCGACCCUUUCACCUUUCCCGUGCCGGGGGCACUGUACCGCCGCGGCUCCGUGCGUUCGCUUAGUACCUAUUCCACCGCCGCCCUGCAGGGGGAGGUAGAGGAGGCUCUCUACAAGUCUGGGGGCCCGCUGUACCCUGAAGCAUACGCCACACUGGGAAUGGGCUUCCGCAUGCCGCCUUCGUCCCCACAGAAAAUCCCCGACGUGCGGGACCGUGACUCUUACACAGGGUCUCCCAGCCGAGGGUCCCCUGUGCGUCAGGGCCUGCGGAAGGACUCCAGCUCCUCCUCCGUGUUUGCGGAGAGCCCCAAGUCUCGCACGGGGUCCAGCUCUGAUCCACUCUGUGGGGCCCUGGUGCCUGCAGGGGAAGCGGCCCGAGGAACGCCGGGAUACACCUCGCCCCUUCCAGGCAACGAGGUGGACACACGGGAGCGGAUGGAGGCGAUGGAGAAACAGAUCGCCAGCCUCACUGGUCUAGUGCAGAGUGUGCUGACCAGGGGUCCGGACAGUGACAGCACUGAGAAGACUGAAUCCACUAGUGACUGUUCAGGCACAGGAACUGGACGCCUUAAAAAGCGGAGAGCUCUGACGCCCUCCGCUCCCUUGGCCUUGAUGCCACCUCCUCCAGUCAGCGCCACGCAGGCGACCACAGUCUCUCGUCUGCAGAUGCAGCUGCACCUGUACGACCUGCAACACAAUGCCACCGAACUGCGCGACCAGUUGUCCCAGCUGCGCAAGAUGCAGCUCCAGAACCAGGACUCCGUGCGAUCACUGCUGAAACGGACAGAGACAGAGAUCAGCGCACGGCUGACGGACGCCCUCCGUAAGCAGGAGGACCCCCUGCAGAGACAGCGCCUCCUAGUGGAGGAGGAGAGACUCAAGUACCUCAACGAGGAGGAACUUGUCAUCCAACAGCUACAUGAUUUGGAGAAGUCAGUGGAGGAGAUCCAGAAGGACUCCUCGGUGAACCAGAAACUCGUGACAGUGCAGGAGCUGGAAGAAAAGACUGCAGCACUGAGGAAGCUGGGAGAGACCCUCACAGAACUAAAGAACCAGUUCCCCAGCCUGCAGAGUAAGAUGCGUGUGGUGCUGAGGGUGGAGGUAGAGGCUGUCAAGUUCCUAAAGGAAGAGCCACACAGGCUGGACGCUCUCCUGAAGCGAUGCAAGACCAUCACUGACACCCUGGCCACGCUGCGGAGGCAGGCGAACGAGGGAAUCUGGAAAGCUCCAGAGGAGUUUUCCAGUCAGUCCCCCAAGCAGGCAAGCGAUUUCAGCAAAGCUACUGACUUCGAUAUUCCUACAAGCCCACCCUUAAACUUCAACAGCCUGGCCGGGAACGUUACCCUGUCUAACUGGACUCCCCACUCGAGCUUGACUCACGGCAACCCUAUCAGCCCCCAUCACGACCCGCUGGCCCCCACAUCCCUCAAGAAUCGGGCCCUGGAAGAGCUGUCAGGCCGCCGCGGCACAGAAAAAUCAGUGUCCGUGGAGGUCAGACUGGCAGCAGAACGGGACUGGGAAGAGAAGCGGGCCAGCCUCACCCAGUAUAGCGCCCAGGAUAUCAAUCGGCUGCUGGAGGAGACCCAGGCUGAGCUCAUGAAAGCCAUUCCUGACCUGGACUUUGCAGCCAAGCAGAUCAACAAGCCUUCAACGGCCCACGCAUGCGAAAGCGCCGGUAGCACGCCGGAGCACCGUCCCAGCAAACCCCAGCACGCAGCUCAGAAGCUGGCUGGCAAGGAGGCCAGCUUCUGUCGGGGAUCUGAUGAGCUGACAGUUCCCCGCUAUCGCACUGAGAAGCCCUCUAAGUCCCCCCCACCUCCACCCCCCCGGCGGAGCUUCCCCUCGUCCCACGGGCUCACCACCAAUCGCACUGGGGAGGUCAUCAUCACAAGCAAAAGUGUUAAGAAGGCAGAACUGGAGGAAAUGGAGACACCAAAAUCCCAUGUUAAGCUGAGAAGAGUCUCCUCAGAGGCACCACGGCCCUCCUCCACACCCCCAGUCAUUGCUGCUUCUGGGGUGAGGGAUGAAGAUGAUGAGGAGAAGAUAAUCGCUGAGCUGGAGGUGUUUCAAAGAAACCCAGUCAAAGUCAAAGUGUCCCCUCCCCACUCCCUGCCCAACACCUUGCUCAAGACCCGUGCCCCCCCUUCCAGCCUGGACCUGAGGUCCUCAGGGCCCCUGAGAAGGAAGUUAUCUGCAGCAUCUCUGGACCCCUCUGGCCUACAGUUGGAGUUGGGCCAAUGCCCAAGUGAACGAAGACUUAGCGCUCCUAUAUUAGCUACACAGGAACUGGAUAUCACACCAACCAGUCUUUCAUCCAGUCAGAUCCCUCAGAUUGUGCUAACUGACUGGUCUUCUGCCCCAUCCUCCCCUUAUAAGAGGUCAGGCGCAGAAAGGAAGGAUGGUGGACAUGUACUCAGAGCUAGGCAGGACACGGGCAGAGGUAAAGCGUCCAGAAGCAUUGUGAGCCCUCAGCAGGCAUCUAAUGUCAUUGUAGAUGGCCUUGGACACGGAGUUCAGGCAGCAAGCGUUACAACGAGGCCAGUGGUAGCCACAGCUUUGCCCCGUCGUGAGAAACCCCGUGUACCCCAACCUCAGAAGAAGCCCCAGAAUUGGGAGUUGAGGAUCCAAGAGUCCUUUGAAGAAACAGAGACUGAAAAUAAUAAAGAAGAACUGGCCCUACUCCUCACACACCAAGAAUUAAGGGUGCUAUCCAGUAGUGAGGCCAAAGAUCUCACUAAGCAAGGAUGGCAAGGCCUACAGACACUGACCCUUCCAGUCCAACCCCAACAGGAUACAUCUGGCAUCAAGGCACAAGGAAAAAAUACAUACAGACCAAAUCUAGACAGUACCCCUUUAGUUCUGCUGUUCAGAGAAUGUUUGGAAGUUGAAGAGGCCUUUAGACAACUAGAAGCACUAUUAGAUGAGGAGAAUCCCACUGAAAUUGGAAAUUUUGAGUCUGACAUAAAGUCUGACCAAGCAUGUCAUGUGGGCAAGCCAAUACCUAAACCCAGACUUAACAGACCAAUGGAUCCUUGCAGGGCAGGUUCAAACCCCAGGAUCGCACUUCCCAAAGAGAAGCAGGAAGCACUGAAGGAAGCAGUGAAGUGGGGGCUUCAGACAGGACAGAGGACCCUGAAAUUUUCCCAUGAUGCUGAAAAGGGUAUAAAUGGGUCAGCUAAACAGCUGGACAAAGCUAAACCAAAAUCACAGACCAGUGUCUGUGAAUCUGAAUCCAGUGCUUUGGUUAGUGCCUUGCCAAGCGUAGCUGGAGAGGGACAGUCCAGGAAAGUUCGAGCGCAGGCUUUGCGCUGCGACACCUACCAGCGGCUGGACAGCCUGGAGGAAUCCAUCCGUGAGCUGGAGAGCACGCUGCAGGAGUUCAGCAGCAAACCUUCCCUGGGCGAUUCCGUCGCCACAGACUCCUUGGCAAAGCUAAGUGCAUCAGCAGCAAGUAGGAACAUUCUAGAACCAUCUGCUGAGAUCACAGAGACAAAAACCACUUCUCCCCAGGCCUCCCCAAAAAGAAAGCCUGCAGUUCCACCUAAGCCCAUGGAGCUCCCAGCACAAAUGACUAAGAGCGGAAGCGGCUUCUCCCCCAGCUCGGGCAAAGCCCCGCACCCCACCGCCACCUCACGCCUCAAGCACUUGCAGCAGAGCAAUCCGGAGAAGGGCAAGCCGGCCAAGCAGCGAGAGGACUUCCUCAAGAUCCAGGGCCAGCCGCAGCAGUGAACUCUCUACCCACUCUCUUGCUUCCUCCAAACCCUCUUCGUCCCAAGCCCAGCUUUAUCUGGCUUCUGAGCGCUCACUGCCCACCCUUCGCUGACCCUGAGGCCCUGCUCAUCUGCGGCUCGUACUCUGCCCCCCCGAGCCGCUCUGCUCCAGUGCACGCUGUGUGCCCAUAGUCACGUUCUUCCAACGUCUUGGACUCAGGGGAAGAACUACGACUCCAUUAUGCCGCGGCGAUCUCUCCGACUCUAAGACUGUAGCUUCUCUUUUUGUUUCAGUAUUCUUCUCUAAACCCUGCCCCCAAACUGCUCCCUCUUCUUCUUCUUCUUCUUCCUCCCGUUCCUCUUCUUCUCCUGCCCUGGGAACUGUGCCUCUAGGCUCUGGGCAGCAGCAGCAGCAGUAGCCUCUCGGAGCCGCUCUUCAUCUCUGGCACCAAGAUCAUCAGCUUCUUGCGCUGCUCGCUACCCUCGGCCCCACCGUCCUCUAACAGUCUCUUCGCCCUGCGCUUGAAGAGGUUCCCCCAGGAGGGGGCGCUGUCCUCCUCCUUGCCAGCCUCCAUCCCCCCAACCAAAGCCCCCAAAGUCUCAGUCUCCAGCCUGAGCUCUGAGGCCCUCUCCCCCCCCCCCACCUCCUGCCAGAACAUAGUUAAAGGACAACAGCCCCUCCCCCGCCCUGACACAGCGACCUCUGCCUCUCCAGCCUUUGCCACCCCUUCAUGCUCACCAUCUACCCUUUCACCAUCAGCUUUGCUCACCCCCUGCACACUGAACCGCAGCAAUGACAACCCCCCAGGAGCAUAUGAAUGAGAUACUAUCAUGAACCCCCUAAUGAAUGGCACCUGCUGUGACAAUGAAGAUACGAUGGAAGAUUCAGGAGUUUCAGUCCAAGCUCCAUGAUGUGCCAAAAAACUCAAGAUAAAAGCACAAAGAUUUAUCCAUCUCACCCCAUCUUCAUUCCCACUCCUUUCAAGGCAAGAGUGUGAUACUGGGACCAAGAAGGAUGACCUGACCCUUUUUUUCAUUUCUUUGUCCCUUUGGGUGCUGAUCACUGGAUGCACAUUGUUCCAGAUGAUGAUGUUGACUUUUACACAAAAUAACAGGAGCCAGUCAAAAGAGAGUCACCUUAUCACAGCAUGAUUGUAGAGGCUCAGAACACUGCAUAUGCCCCAUUUGCUAUGUCUCAUUCGUCCCCUUUGCACAGCACUCUGUCUUGUCGCUCUCUGCUCUAUGAAUUGUGCUGGGUCUCUUGUCUCUUACUGCCAUCCUGAUUACGAUGGAUUGGCAAAACUCAAAGGAGAAAUUCUGAUCCCAUCCACUGAUGCCAAAUUUCUGGGGAAAAGAUCUGCAGGUCAUUUACUAAGUAUGUCAUAUAAUUCUGUUGGGAACAUAUCCAAGACAGAAGUGCAAUAAUGUGGUGGAAUGGCGCUUGGCAUGUGUGUAACAUUCCGCUGUCUCUUUCCAGUAAAAUAGUAAUCAAUACAAAAAAAAACUAAGUGUGAAUUUUAACCUUUUUAUUGCUUGUGUCCAGCCCAAAUAUCGGUGCUAGACUACGUCUGUAUCGCGUCUUAGGCAGAGAUUUUCAGUUCAGUCGAUGGAUUUCUCCUGCUUGCUUUCACGUAAUGUCCGAGACUAUUUAAAAAUGCAGACUGAUUGUUCUGUGGGGAAGGAUGUGGUUUGAAUAACUACAGAGGAUUUAAAAAAGUCCAGACUAUCUUAAGUAUAUUCUAGCAUAUUUGGAAAUUUUGACUGUCAUGUAGUCAGUUCGAUAUUUUGUGACAUCAUUGGGGACAGGGCAGUUUUAGGGGCACGUCAUGCUCAUCAAAGUACUGUCUCAUCUGAAUUCUGCCAGCCACACAGCAGAGAGCUGCAAAACUGCUAGGUUAAUGAAACCAUUCGCAGAUGGUUCCUUAUGUUGCUAAUUGUUACCUUUGCCGGCAAAUACGACGUACCUAAAGGCCCAAAUCAGCCUGAGCAGAAAUAUUACUAGUACAUUUUUAUUUUUUCCCUGUUCUCUGCGGCUUCUAUGGGACCACUGAGGCUCAGAAUGGAAAGGUGGAUUUCUGUAGAUUCCUGAAUGAUGGAUGGGUAGAAGCUCGCUGCUGGUCACCAAAAGUUGGGAUGCCACAUUAUUGGGUUCCUUAUUAGCAAUGUCCUUUAGCUUUCACGCUGGAUGAGAAACACAACCUUCGCACACUUUACCAAAAAGUACGUAAACCCGUCGGUCUAUUUCACUGAAAUGUUUGUGAAAACAUAACAUAGAUCCAUCUUUGGAUUAGAGUACGAAAAGAAUGUAAAAUUAAGGCACAUUCUUUUGAUGUUAAUGUGAAAGCACAUUACUGUGAAUUGUUUAGCAAUGUGUUCGAUUUGCAAAGUUGAUCACAGUACCUGCAGCACUCAGUAAAUCUGUUGGAAACAGUUCAUUACAAUUUUAUCAUUUCCAACUAGAUGCCAGCUAUAAAUAGCUUAUAGCCACGAUCAGAUUUUUCUCAUUUUCAGGUUGUACAGUAUAUUUAGUGCACAUAAAAUGUGUAAUGGUAUCUUCCUAUAGUUUGAUGAAAAAUACAGAUUGUCACCCAGAGCUAUAGCCUUUUUCUACCAUGCAUUACCAUAACAUCACUGUGCUCAAUGUUGCUACAAUUUGUUUAGUUAGCAGAUGCUUUUAUUAAAAGUGACAUACACUUGAAAGCAGAGUCAGACAGUCCCUGGGGUGACUGGGGGUUAUGGGUCAUUGCAAAGAACUAGUCACCAUGUUUUAGUAGAGGAUGGUUUCGAUCCAUUGACCUCUGCUCCCCUUGUUAGUCAUGGUUACUGUAUCUGAGAUUUCAUGUCCACUGUGUUGAUGUGAGAUAGGUGAGAAGGACAAAGGGUACCAACAAAAUCAGACUGGCUCUAAUGACUUUUAUAUUGUAUAAAAAGCAUGCACGUAAUAAAUUCAAUGCCUCACAUCGAGUGAUAUUAAGUCAUGUGCCCCCUUGUGGGUGGUGGUGGCACUGCAAUAGGACUCUUCAGGCUGGUUUAUUGGGGGAAGAGGGUGCAAGGCAGUACAAGCAAGGUGGCUUUGUAGAGCUGGCUGUAGCACAAAUUAUGUAUAAAUUAUACAUUGAAGGUGUAAUUCUCAUAUACAUGUGAAACCUGGAACAUCCAUCCAUAAAUAAUUAAAGAAAUGAUAAAAAAAAAUCAGAUUGUGGGUUUCCACUUAUGUCAUGCUGCUGUUGUUGAAUUGCAAUAAGUUGGCCCUCUCUGAGUUCCAGAGGCAAGAUUUGACUGUUACCCUCAGAAAGUCAGCAAAAUUCACAUCACAAAAAAUUGUUAGACUGCCCUGGCUCCCCCUGGCUCUGUGAGGUUUUGGGGAUGUCCAAAUUAAACCAAACGAUAGGAAAAUGUACUUGUCCUCCCCCCCAAAGAAGCACACAAAGGAAAUAUUAUGGCACCAGUGUGUACCGGAAUAUUGCUGUUAUUCUGUUUUUAGAAACUAAAGAGUGUUGUCUGAAAAAGCCUCAAUACCUUCAUGCCAUGCACUGGUUCAGGGACAGGAGCCAUGCUGGAGCCCAUCUGGCCCAGUAUGGCUUUGCCUUGCUGACCAAGCACAGGAAAGAUCUAAUAUAAAGAGCUGAUACAAAAAAUACGGAAAGCAUACAAGAGUAUAUAACAUAUAAAUAUAACACAAGUCCUGUUUGUGUAUGAAACUAAUAUAUAGUGUGGAAGUGUGAAAUACAUAGAAUAAAUAUUAUGUAAUGUAAAAUUUAAAUCCUCAUCUUUUGGUUUUUUUAUAUUCAAAGUUUUUUUGUACAGUUUUUUUAAUCGGGAUGGUAUACCAUAUUAAUAGAUCCUUUAACUCACAACCAAGACCUCUUCAGUAGUGGGUGGACUAACAUUUUUGUAUCUAGUCUCAAAUAAUUAUGUUUGUGUGUGUGUGUGUGUGUGUGUGUGUGUAUACACCCAGUACAGAUAAAUUAAACGUGGUGUAAACUGUUUGCAAAAUCUAAAUUUGGAUUGUAUUUAUUUUCUAUUGAUUUGCAGAAUGUGGUGUGUCAACAGUCUUUUUGAAUUCACUGUUUCCUUUUUAAUUGACAUUGUCAUUUGCUCUUUUUGCCAACAGCAUCUGAUAGUUUUUGUAUUUUAUAUACAUGUGUGUUUAUUAAUGCAGAUGUGCAGUGAAGUCUCUGAGGUACCCAGACAGCAUUUAAAAUGAUCUUUGUCCCCUGUACGCAUCUGUACUCAGAAUUCAGGAAGCAGGUGACUUUGUGAUUAAUGACUACAUCUGAAGUGCUUUUAGAAAGAGAAAGAUUUCCUUCUCUUUAUAUGUGUGAAAAGUCAUUUUGUUAUAAUAGAACUGUAAUUUCUUAUCAAGGUGGGUUAAUGUUUCUGAAAUCUGCAUUUGGAUGCUAUAGUUUAUCUGCUCGACUGACUGCUCACAGUCAGUUAUACUUCUCUGGUCUGGCUCUUCUGUCUGUCAGGGUUACUGAGAAAACUUCACUGCUGUUCACGGGUUGCAUUGUGUAUGAUGCUGACAUGAUGUCUGGUAUUCAAUCAGCAUUACUUGUCACACUGCCUGGUGUUCAACCUCCUGGACCCUAUAUUCUGUAAUUGAGUUUUUUUGUACCCUGCCAUUAUUUCGUUUAUUCUUACUGUUUUCUGCUGUUGUAACCUUGUAAGUGAGACACAUCCACUGUAAUGGGCCAUGCUGUAGGCCACGAUUGGACAGAUACUGCAAUCAUGAUGCUUCCCAUUGGAAACUGAAGCACAGUCUUAAGAGUAUGUACUUCAUGCUAUAAGCUGUAAAUGAAGCAGCUUUAGGACUGGAACUGGGGUUGUCUGUAUGCACAUCAGCACUGCACCCUUCAGUGGUGCCCCUUAUCCUUGAGCUGUGUGGGUUAAUUAGAACGGUAUAACCAUACUAACAGAUCCAGUUCUUCACAGCCAAGACCACUUUAGUGAUUGGAAUAAGGUUUAUUGUAUUUGGCAGUAAAUAAAUGUGUGCACUGCUUCCUUACCUGAGUGCACCCUAGAACCAUAUGACCCCAAGCCAACUGGGGAAACCAGAAUCCAAUAUCUCUCCUGUUUCCUAUUUAAUUCAAGGUCAAUAGGAGUUAUAAUGUACUUUAUCUUUUGCAGUGGUACACUUCAAAAAUCUGUUUUUGUUUUUUUUUAACCUAAGGAACUGUACGCUUCCCUUGCAGAUUUUCAUAUGAAUGUGUAAGUGGAUUAAACUCAUAGCAGUGGAAUAAAGAUUCACCUGUAAAUAAACUGAAUCAUCCUGAAAAAAAAAAGUCCACAGUACUUUAUGUCAAACAUGUCUUUGGGGUUAAACUUAAAUGAAAUAUAUGAUGGUUAUAAUGCAUGUGUAUUUUGAGAAAUUGCACGGCACAAAAUUUGGUCAACAAUAGUCUUUUUUAAUAUAUAAAUGUCAGGUUCUAAAAGGUUUAAAUCUAUCAAGAUUUUUAUUUUUUUAAUACUCCAUGUAUAGUGGCGAAGGCAUGAUGUGUUUUCUGUGGUCUUUAAGGAAAGAGCAUUGCAUUUGACUAAUAUGAGACCAGAGGUGUUUGAUGCUGUUCCCAUGAGCAAACUUUUUAUUUUUUUGAGACUGAUGUUUCUGUCUGUAGAGUAGUGUGACUAUGAAUGAUGAAGAAAAAUAAAUCAUUAAAAUGCAUAAUAAUAAAUCAA